CUCCCGUCCUCUCUUCCCCGCUUCACCCAAGGAAAGAGAAGAGAGCCGAGAUGGCCACCCUCCGCCCGUCUCCCAUCGCCCUCGCCCCCGCCGCCCUUUCAUCCGUCGCCGCCGUCCCCGUCUCCUCCUCCCUCCGUCGCGUCCGCCUCCCCUCCGCCCCCCGCCGCCUCCCCUCACUCAGGGUCGCCUACCCCUCCUCCCGCCGCCCCCGCCGCGGCGCCGUUAUGAUGGAUACCGCCGCGUCGAGCUACGCGAACGCGCUCGCCGAAGUCGCCCGGUCCAACGGCACCCUCGAGGCGACGGUCACCGACAUGGAGAAGGUGGAGCGGGUGUUCGCCGAUCCGAAUGUCCAGUCCUUCUUCGCCAACCCCACGGUGGCGCGCGAGCGGAAGGCGGAGGUGGUGAAGGAGAUCGCCGCCUCCAGCGAGCUAUGCCCCCACACGGCCAACUUCCUCAACAUCCUCGUCGACAUGCGGCGCAUCGACAUCAUCGAGGACAUCGUGAAGGAGUUCGAGGUGUGCUACAACCGGAUCACCAACACGGAGGUGGCCGUCGUGUCAUCGGUGGUGCGGCUGGAGUCGCAAGACCUCACCCAGAUCGCCCAGACGGUGCAGAGGCUCACCGGGGCCAAGAACGUGAGGAUCAAGACGGUGCUCGACCCCUCCCUCGUCGCCGGCUUCACGAUCAGGUAUGGGCCAUCAGGUUCCAAGUUCAUCGACAUGAGCGUCAAGAAGCAGCUCGAUGAGAUCGCUUCGCAGCUCGAUUUCUCCUCCAUCACCCUCGCCUAGUCGACAGGUAAGCCUAUUCGUACUUACUCUUCGUCUUCCUUCUUUCAAGAUGCAAUCUUGUUGUGAAUCAUAAGGCACUUUGGGGGGUUUUCUUUAAAUGUUUGUGAUAGAUUUCUCUUCAGGCAAUCAGGUAAGUGUGAUUUCUGUUAAUUCUUCAUCAAAUCUGCUCCUUUUUUCUUCUUUCUUCCAAUUGUAAGCUGUGUCUGUUAUCAUUACACAAUUAUGUGUUAGCAUAAUAUAGAUUGGAGGUUAAAUAUAUCAAGCAAUGAUCGUAAGAAUUCUUCAA